CCGUGUGUCGUCACGAGUCACUUCUGUCUGCUUUGACAGCCAGUCACGUCUUACGUUUCUUCAUUGUGUUUACAUUCGUGAUGUACGAUCACCGAUCGAAUACGGUUCGUUUGCUCCCCGCUUAAAUCAAUUGUCGAUCCGAUUCGGUUGUUCGUUUCUUCGGUAUCUAAUCGCGAUUUCUCCAGAGAGGGCACGUGUUAAUCAAACGAACCACAUCGAAAGUGUGCAGUGCGUUCAAUUAUUUGCUGUGGGCGAUCAAAGAUUCGUAUAUACAAACGAGAUUAUUGUGCUUGGGGACGUUUCUGUUGGCAAACACGAUCGAUAUAAAGAGAAGACGACAUACAUGGUUUGAUUUACGUCUCAUCUCGAGCAUAGUGCUACGCUAACUUUGAAAUCGUCUGAAAUUACAUUCAAGAGAGAACAUUGUCGCGAUCGAGGCACGUUCCCAGCUAUCUCGGAGCUUCUUAACGAAGCACCCCGCCUUUAAACGAAUUUAACGAGACCACUCCAUACGGUCAAUUCGUACCAACCCGCGUGGACUGAUCCAGGCGUCCCUCGCGUCUCCUCACUCCUCACUUAGGGUUGACUGACCGAUCGAGACGCAAGACCGUACUCCGGUCCCCGUGAUCAAAGAUAUACUCGUCGAGCGUGUACGAUGCGUUCGAUCAAUCGCGACACGGUGUUAUAUCGGCGAGAAUAAACAAACAGACCGAGUGAAAGAAGAUUGGUGGAGCAAAAGGAGCCAAAGGGCAAACGAGCGUAACACUGGUUGGUGGUUGUUCGCCGAGAGAGAAAAAGAUUUCGGGAAGGAUUCUCCGUUACGCGAGCCUAGACGAUUCCUAGUUAACGAUCAACAAAAGUGGCUGGUAAUUAGAGCCGGAUUAAUUGGACCGCGAAGCAACUCGCGCCGGACGCGAUGAAAGAGAAGAGGGGCGCCGCGAGGAAGAGAGGGUUGCUCGAAUAAGCGUACUUCGCGCGGCUUUCUUAUUUCGAGGAUUGUCGUCUCCUCGCGACCAAUUCUUAGUUUCUACGUGUAAAUAUUUACGAGACUGUCAGUGAACCCUGGUGCCAGUGAUCACCAGAAUUGAAAUCACCUUACCAGUGAUUCGUUACGAAUACGUGAAUCCAUAAUAGCUUCGCGAACUGUACUUGUCCUGUACUCGUUAGUUUAACUAUUCAAAGACUAUACGCGUUUGUGGUUAGGCCAUCGGUCUCGGCCAUUGUUUCCCCCCCGCAUCGACACACGCGGAGAACGCAAGAAGCUCGCGUAGUAAGUACGCGUAGUAACGCGAGUGGAAAGGUCGAAGAACAGUAAUCGAGGGGGUGUUGGAGGGGUGGUGGUCGAUCGGUCACGAGCGCGAGGAAGCGGCGGCGGUCAGCGUGUCGGGGAUCGGGUCGGAUAAUGCGCCAUCGCGCGACAACGCGAUUUUCGGCGAUCGUGAGAAUAGAAUGUUGACAGCCCGUUCUGGGCCUCUUGGGCUCGGUGUCCCGCGAACCCUGGGGCCCGCCGAAGGGAGCGACCACCUCUUCCUUCUACCCGAAAGAGCACUGAUCAUGGACAGCACCCACUUGAGACAGGAUCUGGCCGGUCUCGACUUCAACUUGCACCUGAACCUGCUCCACACCGCGCCCCGCGGCAACGUCUGGCUAUGUGAGUAUCGCGCUGAACGGAUACGAAGAUUCACUUUAAUCCCGAUAAACGCUGGAGCCGCUUCUGAGGAAACUAACCAAAGGUCCAGUUCUGCACACAAUCGCCACUCUCUCACGAAGGAGCAAACGAUGCACUGGUUCGCCCAAAUCGGAGGUGACGAGGCCUCUCCCGAUUCGUCAGAUGUGAAGCGCCGGCAGAGUCUCUACGACGAGGACUCCCUCGAUGGCGAUCAUCCUAGCGAGAACGAAGGACGGGAGUCGACGGGAAACGCGAAAGACGUGGACAGGGCGAAGCUCGUCCGUGAGAGACAGAACGAAGAACGGCAGCGGAAGUUGGAAGAGCUGAGACAGCAGGCGUUCGCCGCGCAACGUUUCCGGGAGCAACGGGAAGAGGAACGUCGAAGACGCAUCGACGAGCUCAGAUCGCGUGACAAUGACAGACGAAACCAAGUGGAGGAGAGGAAACGGUUGAUAUGCGAGGCGGAAAGAGAACGAAGGGAGGCGAUCCUCCGGAAGAACCAAGAGAGGGAGGCCCGUAUCGAGGCGAAGAAGAAGAACGAGAGGUCGCACAUCGUGUUCGCUUUUGGAAGCUCGACACCGAGGAUGUUGGAGCCGGCCGACACCGGCGGUUCCACUUUCUGGGGUACCCGUCGAGCAACGUCCACCACCAAUGUCAUGAUGUUCUCCGCCGCUCAACCGUUGACCAGGAGGUCUUCCGAAAGGGAGCUCGAUGGCAGCAAGAAACGAGCCACGUCCGCUGGUGGACUCGAUCGGAAACCUGGCGAAGAUAUGAGAAUGUCCUCGUCCAUGUACGAGGUGUUCAAUUGGAAUUCUAGCCCUGAUCCUCCCUUAACCCCUGCCAAACAUAAGAGAGCCAGCCUCUCUCUGCCUCCUACAACUGACAUCUUUGCCAUCGAUGAUAAGUCUGAUAGCGACACUAGGCGUCCGAUGAUUCAGCGGGCUGCCAGUGGUGAAGAAAGCGACGGAACGCCGGGAACCCCUAGCUCGGUUUAUCUGCGGGUGAACAGGAGGCGCACCGAUCUGAUGCCGACGAUACCGUCGCCACGUGACGGACCGCCAACAUCCGGGCGUAGCUCGAGCGCAAAGGCCUUCACACGUUCGCCAGGUAGGACUUACUCCAUGUCCAGGCUGGACCAACUGGCGCAGCCUAGGAAACGUCCGACAGAACUUAGCACAUUGACGGAACAGCAAAGCCAGCCUCUGAGCGCUUCUAGCAUGAGUCGCAGCAUGUCACAUUUAGCUGCGUCCGGGGGCAAGAGCCUGAAACGCUCAGAUAACUCUCGUAGCAUGGGUACAUUGCCAGGCGCGGUUCCGAUGCCGAGACCAACGAGGGCCGAGAGACUCCGUCGCAAAGCCCGCGAGCAUCAGAACCAACAGCAACAAGGCAUCCGCAGCGGGGAGGUGACACCGAACAGCCCAUCACGACCGCACAGCUCCAUGAGUCAGCAAAGCGCCAGCAGUGUGGGCAGCAGUAACGUCAAUCUGCGUCCCCGUACAGCUGCCCCGCGUCGACCGCGACCUGCUUCUAUUGCCGGUACCGGUGUUUCGGUCACAGAACGACACAAUCUAGUGAGCGAGACAAAGUCGCCGAAAGAUUCGAAGCCGCCACUGCCAAAGGUCCAUAGCACUCCAAAGAAAACGUCUACACCGAAAUCGGCGGAGAUGAAGAAGCCGACCGAGAAGCUGGUGAAAAACGCGAAGGCUUCGCCCCGGAUAACCCCGAAAGUGACACCGUUGCAGAGUCCUGGCGCCGAGAACGCUCCAUUGAUCCGCGGUAGUACCGGCGAGAUAAUAAAAAGCGAAGGGAAGGAGGAUAAAUUGGAGGAUAAGCACGAGGAGAAGAAAGAUCAAGGCAGCGAAAAAACACAACAGGAGAUAAGCGCCGCGGAGCAGGGUAACGACGAGGUGAAGAAGCCGACCGUUAUAGAACAGUCCAAUAUCGUGUCCAAGCAGGCGAAGGACGAGACUAAUUUGAAUCAGGAGAAUCAAUCGGCUGUGCGAUCUCAAGAAACGCCUAAAGCUGCCAAGAAGGAAGCCGAGGCCAAGUCUGAGAGCAAUGUCGAGGAGCAGGUCGAUAUGUCUGCAUCGAUGAUAGCAAAGAUCCGGAUCACUACGGAAGAGGAAGCUAAGGCAGCUAUAGCUGAACGUAGAAGAUUAGCCAGAGAGCAGGCUGAACGGGAAGCCGAACUUGAACGCCAACGACAGGAGGAAGAAGCCCGUUUAGAGGCCGAGAGAUUGCGCGCCGAAGAAGAGGAACAGCGACGUUUGGAGGAGGAAACGCUUCGUUUGGCUAACGAAGCUCGAGAAGCUGAAGAACAGAGACUGAGACUGGCGAUAGAGGAAGCGAAACGUCGCGAGGAAGAGGACAGGAGAAGAAGGGAAGAGGAGGCUCGUCAGAAACAGGAGAAAGAAGAGGCUGAGCGGAAAGCGAGGGAAGAAGCGGAAAGACAACGGAUCGAAAUGGCAGAACGUGUUAAGAGAGAAGAGGAAGAGAGACUUGCUAGACGUAAACGCGUCGAAGCAAUUAUGCUUAGAACUCGUGGCAAAAAUCAGAGUAACACACCUACGAAGGGUGAAGGUGGUGAUGGCGAUAAGUUGAAAGAAGACAGUCCUAACGAUGAAAAUAAAACAGCACCAGUUAAUAAAAGCGAGGAUGUUAUGACAGCCAGUCUGAUAUCCGAGGCGACUCAACAAUUCAUUAGCGGAGAGCAGCGUGCUCAUCAUACGGAAAACAAUACUACUACGGACAUUGUGCAUAACGGCACGCAUAGUAAUGGCAUUAAUGAAAAUAAAAUUGUAUUGGAUAAUAAUCAGGGUAAUGUGGAAGGAGAACUGAAUGGUCAUCAUACAAAUCAUGGAAACGGUAUCAACAGUCAAUCAAUUACACUGGAUAAUGCCACUGUCAAACAAAACAACGUGACCAACAACCUGUUAGACCUAACGGAAUUCGACUCUCUCAGUAAUAGCAGUAGUGGUCCAAUACUCCAACUGACAUCCAAUUUGGCCAAUGAAGACACCCUCAACUCGAACCUAAAUCCAGCAGCUAUACCUUUCACUCCAAUGGCAAACACGUAUAUGCCUACCGCUGCUAAUGCCAAUGUAAAUCCGUUCCAGGAUUCUUUUAUGAACAACAAACCACAAGAUAAUAGUCAAGUACCAGAUCUUUUAUCAUAAUGCGCGUAUUAAUCAUUCUGGUGAAAGGAAGAAGAGAGCGAUUGGAUUGAAAAAAAGAAUUGAAAAAAAAAAAAAGAAUUAAA